GGAUCUCUCGGUACUGUUCGGGUAGUUAAAUGGUCGUGACGGCGUUGAACGGAAAAUACGUUAUUGUUCAGUGUUUUUAAUCAUUACGUACAUGUACACGUACAGUAUAUGUCGUUUAAUUGAACAUUUAUCAGUAAUACUUGUUUGUAUUCGGAUGCAUUAGUCUGAGCGCACUGGCGCGUCUCUUACUAGCUUCGCUGGCUAGUUAGCUUAGCGUGUUAGCUGCUAACAAAGAGAGGCGGAAGUGAUCAAAACGCAUCGCUAAGCAGAGAUCAAGUGUGAGUGUAAAGUGUUGUGAUUGUGUGGAAAACGUGCGAAAGAAAGAUAGCAGAGUACGAGAUGGAUCUUUCUCCAACAAAAGAGGAGAAGGCGCGACAACAACUACUGGACACCUAUUACAGGAAACACCAUCAAAUUGGGUUGCACACAGACGCCCAGCAGCCCCCCCACAUUAAAGAGGAAGAGGAGGAAGUGUGGAUCACUCAGGAGGAAGAGUGUCUUAGAAAGCAGGAGGAGGCUGAUCUCAGCAAGUUUCCACUGACUGUUGUCUCUGUGAAGACUGAAGACCAUGAAGACAAACCACCUGAGUCCUCACAGCUUCAUCACAGUCCAAAGGGAGAGGAUUCAGAAGAAGAGGUUUCAGAAUUUGAGGAUCACAUUUCUGAAAAUUCAGAGUCCGACAGUGACUCUGAAGAAGAUGAUGAGAUUGAGCAUCAGCCAGUUCCAAAACAAAGACGAGCCACAGCACCAGGCCUCCAGCAGCCAUCCCCAGGACCAGGCCGUCGUCAGCCAUCCCCAGGACCAGGCCGUCGUCAGCCAUCCCCAGGACCAGGCCGUCAGCAGCCAUCCCCAGGACCAGGCCGUCAACAGCCAGCCCUAGGACCAAGCAGUCGGCAGCCAGCCCCAGGCCCAGAACAAGCCAGUCAGCAUGGAGCAAGUGAGGAAAUAUGGAUGUCAAAAAAUUCUGAAAUUGAAUGGUCUUCUCGCCCAAGAAAAGAGCCACCCCGCAAGGCUGCCAAUGUGAUAAGUAUGCAACCAGGGCCAACACUGAUGGCAGUUACUCACACACAGGACAUCAAGUCUUCUUUUGAGCUUUUCAUCCCAGAUUCCAUCCAGGAAAUUAUUCUUGACUGCACUAAUUUAGAAGGAAGACGUGUUUUUGGAGAGAGGUGGAAGGAAAUGGACCAAACCCAAUUACAUGCUUACUUCGGAGUUCUCAUCCUUGCUGGAGUUUUCAGGUCCAAAGGGGAAUCCGUAGAAUCCCUGUGGGAUGCACAAACUGGCAGAGAAAUUUUCCGUGCAACAAUGUCUCGGGAAAACUUUCACAUCAUUUCCAGGAUUAUCCGCUUUGACAACCGAGAUGACAGACCAGCUCGACGGCAGAGAGACAAACUCGCUGCCAUCAGGACAGUGUGGGACAAGUGGGUGCGCCGCCUCCCCCUGCUGUACAACCCUGGGCCAAAUGUCACCAUUGAUGAACAGCUGGUGCCAUUUAGGGGCCGCUGCCCCUUUCGGCAGUAUAUACCAUCUAAACCUGCAAAGUAUGGUAUAAAGAUCUGGGCUGCCUGUGAUGCCACUUCCUCAUAUGCUUGGAACUUACAAGUCUACACAGGGAAACCUGAUGGAGGAGCCCCUGAGAAAAACCAAGGAAUGAGAGUUGUCCUCGACAUGUCUCAGGGACUCAGUGGACACAACAUCACAUGUGACAAUUUUUUUACCUCGCACAAACUGGGACAGGAGCUCCUGAAGAGAAAGCUGACCAUGGUGGGAACAAUAAGGAAAAACAGCUCAGAGCUCCCACCUCAACUGCUGACUUCAAGGAACAGGCCUGUCAAGUCUUCCAAGUUUGUAUACACGGCUGACACCUCCCUGGUAUCCUAUGUGCCAAAGAAAGGCAAGAAUGUGGUACUCAUGAGUACACUGCACAGGGAUGGAAGAAUAUGUGACCAGGAACCUCACAAACCAGAGAUCAUCAUGGAUUAUAAUGCCACAACAGGAGGGGUAGACAACAUGGACAAGCUGGUGACGGCCUACAGCUGCAAACAGAGGACUCUACGCUGGCCACUGGUGAUAUUCUUUGACAUGUUGGACAUCUCCGCGUACAAUGCCUUUGUCAUUUGGAUGGCACUGAACCCAGAGUGGAAACGAGCGAAGCUCCAGAAAAGACGGCUCUUUCUUGAGGAUCUGGGAAAGGCAUUGGUGAGACCACAAAUCGAGAGAAGGAAACAUAUCCCCGGAACCCCAGCAUCUGCAGCCAUGGUGAGGAGGAUUCAGGGGGAGAAUGCUGGUGCCCUGUCCAACCAACCUACAGAACCACAAUCUGCAGAGCCUGAAGUUGUGAACACCAGCAACAAGAAGAAGCGGUGCGAAGUGUGCAGACCCAAGUUGGACAGGAAAACACAAUAUACAUGCAUCAAGUGCAAAAAGUAUAUCUGCAACACACACACAGUAAAGCUCUGCCACUCAUGUGUUGUAUAGGCUAGUGACUCAAGGCCAUGUGUUCAAUGGGGCUUAUGUGUUGUCUUGACUGAUAUGUUUACUCUGUGUUCAUGUCUUCAGCUUGUGUUGUGCACCUGAAUGGGUUUAAAUUUCAUGUUCAAAGAAAUAAA